AUGGCUGAGGAGUACAUCUGUCCCAGGUGUGAGUCUGGCUUUAUAGAGGAGGUAACAGAAGAUUCCAGUCUGCUAGAGGGUGGCGCUAACGGGACAGAUGACACAGCCACACAGUUUGCAGAGCAGCUGUGGCACCUGUUGUUUGUAGAGAGGCCUUUCACAGUGGAUGGUGACAGUCCAGACUCAGAGCCCCGGGUCCCUGGUGGAGGGGUUGGGGUAGGAGCAGGGGGGUUAGGUCUGGGGGGGCUGGGAGGGCUAGGAGGCCUGGGAGGAGGUCCUAUUGGAGGGUCAGUCCCUGCUGGGCUAGGAGGACCCCUGGGGGGUCCUCUGGGAGGGGGGGAACACUGGGGGCCCGGUCGCCCCCCUCGCCUGCACAGUCAGCGGAGGUACCGCUCCAGAGGGAGCAGCAGACCUGACCGCUCGCCUGCCGUAGAGGGGAUAGUACAACAGUUUCUGGCUGGUCUAUUUGCCAACUCUGGAGUUCCUGGCUCACCUCCCCUCUCUUGGACGGGUAUGUUACACUCUAACCCAGGGGACUAUGCUUGGGGACAGGGGGGACUGGACGCAGUCAUCACACAGUUGUUAGGUCAGUUUGAGAACACGGGCCCUCCUCCUGCAGAGAAAGAGAAGAUCUCCUCCAUUCCUACAGUCAACGUGUCUCAGGAUCAAGCAGACUGCAGUAUGGAGUGUCCGGUGUGCAAGGAGGACUUUGCAGUGGGAGAGCCCGUCAGACAGCUACCCUGCAACCACUUCUUCCACUCAGACUGUAUAGUACCCUGGCUGGAAAUGCACGAUACGUGUCCUGUGUGUAGGAAGGGGUUGAAUGGAGAAGACAGCAACACCCAGAACCCCCCAGAAUCCCCCUCUCUAAACACGGACCCCCGCACACAGGAGAGAUGGUCCUUCUGA